GAAGUCUUGGGAGUAGGAGCUGGAAGACAAGAGUGCAUCCUUUUAGGGCUCACUUCUCAUCAUGAAGCUGCUAAACCCAGCCUUCCCUGGCUGCCUUCUGCUGACCCUGCUCUGCGUUUGGACACCUUCUCCAGCCGACACCGCGUCCACAGGCACGCCAGCUCUCAGCGCGGCCUCUUUUCUGCAGGACCUCAUGCACCACUAUGGGGAGGGCGACAGCCUCACUCUGCAACAGCUGAAGGCCCUGCUCAACCACCUGAAUGUGGGAGUGGGCCAAGAUAACGUCACCCACCCCGUGCAGGAACAGAGAAACCUCUCGACGUGCUUUAGCUCUGGAGACCUCUUUGCUGCCCACAAUUUUAGCGAGCAGUCACGGAUUGGGAGGAGUGAGCUCCGGGACUUCUGCCCCACCAUUCUCCAGCAGCUGAAUUCCCGGGCCUGCACCUCCGAGAACCAGAAAAAUGAGGAGAAUGAGCAGACGGAAGAGGGGGGGCCGAGUGCAAUUGAAGUGUGGGGAUACGGUCUCCUCUGCGUGACCGUCAUCUCCCUCUGCUCCCUCAUGGGGGCCAGCGUGGUGCCCUUCAUGAAGAAGACCUUUUACAAGAGGCUGCUGCUCUACUUCAUAGCUCUGGCGAUUGGAACCCUCUACUCCAACGCCCUCUUCCAGCUCAUCCCCGAGGCUUUUGGUUUCAACCCUCUGGAAGAUUAUUAUGUCUCCAAGUCUGCAGUGGUGUUUGGGGGCUUUUAUCUUUUCUUUUUCACAGAAAAGAUCUUGAAGAUGCUUCUUAAGCAGAAAAAUGAGCAUCAUCACGGACAUAGUCAUUAUGCCUCUGAGACUCUGCCUUCCAAGAAGGACCAGGAGGAGGGAGUGACGGAGAAGCUGCAGAACGGGGAUUUAGACCACAUGAUUCCUCAGCACUGUGGCAGCGAGCUGGAUGGCAAGGCACCUGUGACCGAUGAGAAGGUCAUUGUGGGCUCGCUGUCUGUGCAGGAUCUGCAGGCUUCCCAAAGCGCCUGUUACUGGCUGAAAGGGGUUCGCUACUCUGAUAUCGGCACUCUGGCCUGGAUGAUCACCCUGAGCGAUGGCCUCCACAAUUUCAUCGAUGGCCUGGCCAUCGGUGCCUCCUUCACCGUGUCUGUUUUUCAAGGCAUCAGCACCUCAGUGGCCAUCCUCUGUGAGGAGUUCCCACACGAGCUGGGGGACUUUGUCAUCCUGCUCAAUGCUGGGAUGACCAUCCAGCAGGCUCUAUUCUUCAACUUCCUUUCCGCCUGCUGCUGCUAUGUGGGUCUGGCCUUCGGCAUCCUGGCUGGCAGCCACUUCUCUGCCAACUGGAUUUUUGCGCUGGCUGGAGGGAUGUUCUUAUAUAUUGCUCUGGCUGAUAUGUUUCCUGAGAUGAACGAGGUCUGCCAAGAGGAUGAAAGGAAGGGCAGCAUCUUCAUUCCCUUUGUCAUCCAGAACCUGGGCCUCUUGACAGGAUUCACCAUCAUGCUGGUCCUCACCAUGUAUUCAGGACAGAUACAGAUUGGGUAGGGCCCUGCCAAGAGCCAGAAGGAUUGGAAGUCGAGCCCCUGGGCAGUCCGAUCCCUGGCCCAAGGACUCGGCAUCCACGAAGUACCAUGGAAGAGGCAGUUCUUUUAAAAAUGGACACAGACGAUAUUCCUGUAUUCAAAUGUCAGCUGGUUUUAAAUGCUCUGUCCUAGGAAUAAGCUGCCCUGGUAACUAGGUAGUGCCUCUCCCCCUCUCCUCCCUUCCUCACAGUGGCUCUGGAUCCUGAACGUAACUUAUAAGCCAAGCCUUGCUUUUCACUUGACCCUGGCCUCUUUUUCUCAGAACCAGUGCUGAAAGAUUUUUGAAUUCUUGAUCCUACAAUGCAAAAAUACAGCCAGUUGGUUAGAAAUAUCCAAAGGUGAAUCCAUGGUUUGGGGCCCAUGACUC